CUACUGUGGUUAGAACAUGGAUGUUUUUGUUUUUUGGAGUUUGAGUUUUGGUUUUAUUUUAAGUUAUUGUGAUUAGCGGAAGACGCAUAAAAUUCAUCCCUAUUCCAAACACAAAAAUGGCUGACCAUGUCACACAGGUACUUGCCAACAUGCAUAUGCAAGUAUGGUAUGGAAGUUGUGAUUUUGUUUGUUUCCAGUCAAAGUCAUCAGGAGUCUCUGACGUUGUUCAAGUUCGACAGUGCAGAUGUGGUGAGACAGUGGGUAUCCAUGGGAGAUGGUGACAUGGGAGGAAAGAGCAACAGCAAAUUAGCCCUUGGUGCGAAUAAGAAAUUACUGUGGACUGGCAAUGUGGAUUGGCAUCUGCAAAUUGACGAACAGUUUGACGCCACUUAUGAGGAUCUCUACUUCCACCCUAUCUUCACAAGGGGCGGUCCCUAUUGGGAAGUCGUUCAGAUUCCGUUUUCGCACCUGGUGCUGUCGAACAAGGGCAUGAUAUGUCGCCAAACCACAGCCGUAGACAGGUCCAUGGUGCGCAACAUAGGCUUCAGUCUAGUCGAACACUUCGAGGGGCCAUUCAGACAGGAGGUGGACUACAUCAAGUUUAUCACUGACGACGCACACAGACAGGCGUGUGCUUAUGAGUUCGCAGGGUCCACCCACGGAAUGGACUGGGGCAGCAAGUAUGGCAAGGUGUAAUCAAUUAAGUUUCACACAACUGCCCUAAAAGGCUUGAUUG